AUCAAGACCAGCGUGGUCAAGAAGUGUAGUGUUUGCUUUAGUUUAGCUCAAAACUGCUGCGUCGACCACCUAAGAUGAGGUCGUUAGCGCUAUUGGCAAUUCUUGGCUGCCUCUGUGCCACAUUAGUUCUAGCGGAUGAACCGGUCGCAGUGCGCGAGAAGCGCAGUCCGGCUCCAUUCUUCUUCAACAAGGGCCACGACGAUCACCACCAUGAGCCGAAGUGCGUGUGGGAAAAGAAACUAGCCUGGAAGGAGGACUGGAAGAAGGUCUGGGAAACGAAGAAGGUCGAAGUGUUGAAGUCCGAAUGGAAGAAACAGCAGAUUCCGGUCUGGAAGAAGGUCGAAGUGCCGAUCUGGCGCGAGGUGAAGGUACCCGACUGGAAGAUCAUCAAGAAACCGUACUGGAAGGAAACCGAGAUCCCAGCGUGGAAGGAAGUCCAGGUGCCGGAUUGGAAGAAGGUAACGAAACCGAUCUGGAAGGAAAUUCAGGUUCCAGUGUGGAAGGAAGUCCAGGUGCCGGAAUGGAAGCAGAUUUGGGUUCCGGAUACGGUGAAGGUUGGCAUUCCCGGUGAGAAGUACCUGGGCAAGGAUGAGUCCGGUUGGGAGUACACGAGCCACGAUCUGUGGAAGAAGAAGAUGGUCUGGAAGCCACAGUGGAAGAAGGUGUGGAAGACCGAGAAGAAGGAGGAAUGGAAGACCGAGAAGAAGCUGGAAUGGAAGGAUGAGUGGGUUCAGGUGUGGCGCAAGGAGAAGCAACAGAUCUGGGUGAAGAAGAAGGAGGAAGCAUGGAAGGAGGAGAAGAUCGAAAUCUGGCGCAUUGAGAAGAAGCAGGAGUGGGCUACCGAGAAGAAGCUGGAAUGGAAGGAUGAGUGGAAAGAAAUCAAGGUCCCAGCCUGGAAGGAAAUUCAAGUGCCCGCAUGGAAGAAGGUGUGGAAGCCAGUUUGGGAGAAGGCUUGCGUCCCAGUCAGCCACGGAUGGCAUUAGUCGCUGUACCAUGUAGUGAAUUAGGUUGUUUAAAUUUAAUUAGUUCCGUACUUUUCUCAGUUAAUCAGUUAGGCUAUCUCUAUGCUAUAUUGCGUGUACUGUUUGCGACUAAUGCGUGCUCGUUCUACUGAGCGAGAGAGACAGAGUGUUGCGCAAUGCGCACGUUCCAACUACGACACUUGGGCACACAAGUUCGCAAAAGUAUCACUAUCUCUUUCUCUGUGUCUUAUCUCUGUCAGUGUAGUUUUCCUCUAUUACAUCCAAAGAAACCUAGGAGAAAGAGCUGCACACUAGAGCACCAUCGGCGCUCAAAUACACUAUUUCCUUUUAUCAAAGUUACUUCCAGUAGACACCUUUGUGGGCAGGUUGAUCACCGUAUCUCACGAUCAGCGCCGGGCUCAUCUUCUCUUCGCGGUGGCGGCAGUGGCAUCCAGUUACCAGUUUUUGCUAUCUUUAUGUA